GCCGAGCCUGCUGCGCAAACACAGUAGCUAAAGUUCCUGGGCAGGUCUAGCAGUUGGCAUCAGACUUUUUGUUGUUUCAUUCUCAGUAAGGUUAGCCAUGAGCAAGGACAAGCAGAGCAAGCAAGUGCCGGAGUGCACUGGACCACUGUCCCCGCCCAAAGGCCAGAAACCCCCGAGGAUGCCCAAGUGCUCCCGCUGUAGGAACCACGGCUAUGUGUCUCCUCUGAAGGGACACAAGCGCUUCUGCAACUGGAGGGACUGCCAGUGUCCCAAAUGUAAAUUGAUAGCUGAGAGGCAGAGAGUCAUGGCGGCCCAGGUUGCCCUGAGAAGGCAGCAGGCUCAGGAGGAGGAACUUGGGAUUUGUAGUCCGUUGUCUCUGUCAGGGCCUGAGGUGAUGGUGAAGAAUGAAGCUGGAGCAGAUUGCUUGUUCUCUGUGGAGGCACGAUCUCCGACACCUACCAGUACCUCCGCUCCUUCUCUUGUUGUUGCAGGGAGUCGCUCGGCGGCGUCCUCCAGCCCGUCGGCUGGCGCCCGGACUCAUACUGAGGGACCAUCUGACCUGCUGAUGGAGACCUCCUACUACAACUUCUACCAGCCUUCACGCUACUCCAGCUAUUAUGGCAACCUGUACAACUACCAGCAAUACCAGCAGUUGCCCCACGGCGAUGGCCGCCUGUCGAGCCACAACAUGUCCUCUCAGUACCGGAUGCAUUCCUACUACCCAGCAGCCACCUACCUGACUCAGGGCCUGGGCUCCACCACCUGUGUGCCGCCCCUCUUCAGCCUGGAGGACAACAACAACAACAACAACAACAACAACUGCUCUGAAACCAUGGAGGCCUCCUUCUCCCCUGGCAGCAUCACCACUGGUCACCACUCCACCAUGACCUGCAGGUCCAUCGGCUCCCUGGUUAACUCUGAUGUCAGUGCUGAGUGCGAGGCCAGCAGCGAGACUCCAAACUUCACAGUCAACUCCAUCAUCGACGCCACCAAAUAAAAGAAGCUAAGGAAAGCGUUAUUAAAAAUAAUCAUUGUGAGAUCAGUUGAGCAGAAAACAGUUUCAUGGUUCACUGUUGCUGCUGGGUUUCUGUCCAGGAGGCACAAUAAAUAUAUAUAUAGAUAUAUAUUCCAUACUGUAAUUGAGAAUAUAGGUUGUUUUUAGUUCAUUUUUAGCCUCAAAGCUGUUGAGUCUUUUAUUGAAACCAGUUCACCAGCAUAGAAAAUGCUUGGAAAGUAAAACUAAAUUGUACAAAUUCACUAAUAACAACAUGCAAAUAUUUGAGAAGCACUUUUCCGAAUUAGGCUGUUUGGAUAGAUUAAAGAUGACCAUGAACAUACAGUUAAUAAGGAUCUUUAUUAUGAGCAGUCAAGAUUGGAACAAAUUAUUCAAACUAGACUUCGUAAAGUUGUACACUUGUUUCUCCCCCUCAGGAAGCAACUGUUAAUGCAAUCUAAAAUUUUUAUUAUCCAAAAGAUAAAGUGACAUUUGCAAUAAUGAUGUUAAAAUCCUUUGUAGCUUACAGUAAAUUUGACUAGUACAGUUUUCACACAGUAUCAGUCAUGUAGUGUGUUCCAUUAUCAGUGACUAUUCUCUGACAAUGAGAUUAGCGGCUUAGUGUUCGCUAAAAUGUAAUUUUUGAGUUGAAAAACUGUACUCGCUGUUACUGAACAUUCCAAGCACCACAAGUGAAAUUUGGCCCAAUGGAUUCAGGGAGCGCACUAGUUUCCUGUCAUUUUCCCCUGGUGGACAUGCAAUAAAUGCAAUAAUACAUGCAGUAUAAGUUAAUAUUAUUAGUUCAUAUUAGUUAUAUUAGUUUGUCUGUUUUGUGACCCAGUAAACCAUUAGACAAUGUUGACUCCAUCCUUCAAAGUAAGCAAUGAUUUGGUGAUUUGCAGGUUAAAAUAUGUAGGUCUAGAAGACGUAGGUCAAUAUUCGACAAACUUUUUUGUUUUUAAAGAGUAACUAAACGCCAGCCUGCAUUUUACUGCCCUCUUUGGUUGAAAGUUUAAAGUGUGUUUCACCUGUAUCCACGCCAAACAGUGAAGUCACAGUGUACUGACACACCCUGUAGUACACUUUACAUCACUGCAGCCAGGUGAGAAGUUAAUCCACCGGUGGUCAGCAAAAUAAAUACUUUCAGGGGCUGUUAAGUUACAUAUAACAGUUCUUUAAACAGUAUUUAAAUGACUAUACUGUGUUUCAUUGUGUUGGUAGAACCUGCUUCCUUUUGAAAUUUUGUCAUCAAUAAGUAUUGUCCAACCGAUACUGGAUGUUCGAGACUGCUAUAGUGAUAUUUCAGAUUUUACUACUUUGAUGAUGAUCCAUCGGAUGUCUUUUUUUUUUUCAUAAACAUACAUAACCAAAAAACAUUUUUAGGAAUCCUUAAAUUAGUUUUUUAAACAAUUGUGACCAAGGUACAGAGCGGGAUAUUUUAUCAGAUGUCACAUGUAUUUACCCUGAACAACGAUCUGAUAAUUUUGGAAACGUCAACUGAUACAGAAGACGGCAUUCAUUUAUCUCUUCUGGUAUAAAAACUUAAAGUUAAAUGUAGAGAACAUUUCCGACAGAGCCACCAACAGAGACGCUUGGAUAUCCUCUUGCAGGGAGAUGUGCGACUCGAACGAGAAAACAGGCAGGUUCGACAUGAAUCAUGCUCACCUUGUUGGCGUGUGAUGAGCGCCGGCUGCUUAUUUAUGGCUCCGAUCCAGUGGCAUCGUUUAUACCAGAGAAUUUGCAUGUCUAUUGUAUAUUUAACCCCUUCUGGGCCAAAGUUUUUCUUUGCACACGGGGUACUGUUCAUAACUGUUUACACACUUUGGUACGGCCUUGUAGAUACAGCAGAGGCUGAGGUGCUGCUGCAGUGACGUGUAGAGCUGAAACGAAAAGACGAUUCAUUGAUUAGUCGAUCCAGAAACUGAAUAGCAAAUCUUUUUAUAAUCAGUUAAUAAUUUAAGUCGUUUUUCAAGCAAAAAAUGCAAAACAUUUUUAUUUUGGACCUUGGGAUCUGGGAAAUUGCCAAUUUUACAGUGUUUUCUGGUGUUAUAGAUAAAACAAAUAACUAAUCCAUUAAUCACAAAAAUCAGCAUUCAUCUAUUGAUAGAAGUAAGUGUUAGUUGCAGCCCUUGUAAUCUGUACUGUUUUUAACAGUUAAAAUACCUGGUCACAGUGUUUUUCUGUGUAAUUACCCGAAAAACCAAACUAUAGUUAUAUAUAUAGUUUUUUACAUAAUGAACUAAUGUGAGUAAUUCUGUGUUGCCAACUUUUGAGUUGUGGUGUUGAGUUGUGGUGCCCACUUUUCUGCCUUUGUGAAGCUGACUCGUACACUACUGUACCGUAUAUUGUUUAUGUGUUUUAUGGAGAUUCGUUUCGAACUGCACGCUUUGAAAGUGUUUAUUUGUGUUUGUGUUUGAAUAAGACAGCAACAAAAGUAAUUUGGAGUCUUGGAGUUUAUGUCGCUACAAGUUUUAGGUAAAUAAAAAUGCUCUAAGUGAUGGAGUGUAAAUGUGAUGGUGUGCUGGAAACAACAAUAUAAAACAGACAAAGAAAA